CAAAAGCCAAAAAGAAUAAGUUAAACACCCAACACAAGAACCCCAUUCCAAAGCCCCGCUAAACCUCUCUUUAUGUUCCCACCCUGCUUCCGUUCCGUUCAGUCCCCUUCGCCCAGCCGACAAACCUCUCAGACGGCCAAAAAAACAAAAGGGAAAUUAAAAUCAAAACCUCUAAAUUUAAUUUAAAUAUUAAAUAGAUCAAAAGCAUCUGAACCGUUACCGUACACUUCACUAAUUGCAGAGAACUCUCUUAGCCUUUCUCUUUCUCUUUCUCUUUCACUACCGAUCAGACCCCUUUUCUGCUUCACUUUCUUCUUCUUCUUCUUCUCUCCUCUGCUCUGAGCAUUUUAGGGUUAGGGGUGAGGGUUAGGGUUGGGUUUUUGGGAGGAUGAUGUAAAACCCUAGCUAAGCCUACGGCUGGAGCUAGGGUUAGGGUUUUAGGAGAUUCGGUUUUGUGUUCAAUUUUUGCUGUGAUUUGAUGGGGAACUGUUGCAGAUCUCCGGCAGCUGUUGCCAGGGAGGAUGUGAAGUCGGCCAACUAUUCCGGCCACGAUCACGGUCGGAAGGACGCCGGAGCUGGCAAGAAGACGAUCACGGUGUUGAAUGGGGUGUCCAAGGAUGGGAUCGAGGAGAAGUACAUGGUGGAUAGGGAGUUGGGCCGGGGGGAGUUCGGCGUGACUUACCUGUGCAUCGAUCGCGACACUAGGGAGCUGCUCGCCUGCAAGUCUAUUUCGAAGAGGAAGCUCCGGACGGCGGUGGAUGUGGAGGAUGUGAGGCGGGAGGUGGCGAUCAUGAAGCAUUUGCCUAAGAAUUCGAGUAUUGUGAGCUUGAAGGAGGCGUGCGAGGACGAGAAUGCGGUGCAUUUGGUGAUGGAGUUGUGCGAGGGUGGUGAGCUGUUCGAUCGGAUUGUGGCACGCGGGCAUUACACGGAGCGGGCUGCUGCGGCAGUAACACGGACAAUUGUGGAAGUUGUGCAGCUGUGCCAUAAGCAUGGAGUGAUUCAUAGGGAUUUGAAGCCAGAAAACUUUUUGUUCGCCAAUAAGAAGGAGAAUUCGCCUUUGAAAGCCAUUGAUUUCGGCUUGUCUAUAUUCUUCAAGCCAGGUGAGAGGUUCUCUGAAAUUGUUGGAAGUCCUUAUUACAUGGCUCCAGAGGUCCUCAAGCGGAAUUAUGGACCAGAAAUAGAUAUAUGGAGUGCAGGAGUUAUUCUCUAUAUUUUAUUGUGUGGGGUUCCUCCAUUUUGGGCUGAGUCUGAACAAGGGGUUGCACAGGCUAUUCUUCGUGGGCUAAUAGAUUUCAAAAGGGAUCCAUGGCCAAAUAUUUCAGAGAGUGCCAAGAGUCUAGUUCGGCAAAUGUUGGAGCCAGAUCCAAAGCUUCGUCUUACAGCGAAGCAAGUGCUUGAGCAUUCUUGGCUCCAGAAUGCUAAAAAAGCUCCAAAUGUUCCUCUUGGAGAUGUUGUCAAGGCAAGGCUUAAGCAGUUUUCAAUGAUGAACAGAUUCAAAAGAAAGGCCCUGAGGGUUAUUGCCGAUCACUUGUCUACUGAAGAAGUUGAAGACAUCAAAGAAUCGUUCAAGAAGAUGGAUACUGAUAAUGAUGGUAUUGUCUCGAUAGAAGAACUAAAAUCUGGACUUCGGAAGUUUGGUUCCCAGCUUGCAGAGGCUGAGGUCCAGAUGCUUAUUGAAACUGUAGAUACCAAUGGUAAAGGUACACUGGACUAUGGGGAAUUUGUUGCUGUUUCCCUCCAUCUACAAAGGAUGGCCAAUGAUGAGCAUCUUCGCAAGGCCUUCUCCUACUUUGAUAGGGAUGGUAAUGGCUACAUUGAGCGAGAUGAGCUUCGGGAUGCCUUGAUGGAAGAUGGAGCAGAUGAUUGUACAGAUGUAGCAAAUGACAUCUUCCAAGAAGUGGACACGGACAAGGAUGGGCGAAUUAGUUAUGAUGAAUUUGCGGCUAUGAUGAAAACUGGAACAGAUUGGAGAAAGGCUUCUAGGCAUUAUUCAAGAGGGAGAUUCAACAGUCUAAGCAUUAAGCUGAUGAAGGAUGGUUCUCUAAACUUGGGGAAUGAGUAACAUAUACACAAGGUUGGUCUUUUGUUCAUCCACACAAGAAAAGUACUGGAUCAUUCCCAAUUUAUCUUGGACUUGCUUUCUUUUGUGAUUAUUUGUUGGGGGGCUAUUGGUUGAAUGGGGUCCCUUCUGAUUGCUGGCUUACAAGGGAUCAUGGAGGGGUGAGUACAUCUUAUUCAUGUCUUCUUCAUAUGUUAAUUGAGUAAAACAUGAGGCCUUGUAGCUAUGGUACGGCAUGUAUGGUUCUGUCCUUUUACCACUUCAACCUUCUGUGGUCGUUUCUGGUUGGCGACAUGAAAUUGGUGAACUCUGUGGUGCUGUAGUAUAUCCUUGUCAAAGAAAUAUUGUCCUGUAGCGUAUGUGUUAUGCUCUAACAUGUAUAUAUAGGAAAAGUGACAUAUGCUUGUCCAGGAUGCAUCACACUGUCAAGGGACAUGUUGCAUACAUUUGGCUUGGUUUUGUGCAAUGGUAGCUCUUUCUGAUCAAUUACAAUUCUAAAAUUAACCCUACA